GAGAUGGAACAGGACAGAUUGAUUACUUGGAGGCCUCAUUUAGCGAUGAUUCUCUCUAACCAAGCUGAAAACUCUGACAGAGACAGAACAUUUAUCAGAACCAUGGCAGAUGCACUAGAAUUUGAUGGAAAAGUUCAUGCUUCUAACUUCUGUUACCUUAUGACAGAGAUGUGUUACGGAUCAUCAGACAACUACAAGAUCUGUCUCUCGGCUUCUAGAAACAGCAUAGUUCUAAAAUUGAUAGAUAGUGUAAAGAAUGUAGUGCAUAUAUACUCUCUUGUGCUUGAUUGUCAAGAGAGUAUUCCCACCAGACAUCAGGAAUUGGUCACAGGGAUGCAAACGGACCAGAGAAAUCGGCAUAGCUCUAGAUUGAUAUCUGGUGAAGAUGACUUGCGUGAAUUGUAUGAACAACAGAAGUCCUUCAUUUUGAACAAGGGCAUUGAUUCACCAGAACUUAUACAGACAUGUAAUGGCAUAUGCAAACAAAUUUUAAAGGAAAAUUGGAACAUUCUAGAUGUAAAAGCUUAUUACAUAGACAAUGGAAGUAACAGUUACAAGAUUAUGUAUGGAAUUAUUUGUAAGGAUGAUAACUCUUUUAACACAAGUAAAGCAUGUUCAAUGGUUUUUGAACUCCUUUGAAGAAACUAAAACUGUUAAGUUUGUUCCGUAUUCAAAGGUAAAAAUGUUUUCUUAUAGGAACAGACAACACAAAAGUACUAUAAUACACUGCAUAAAAAAUCACUGUUCUGAAUUAUUUAAAAAACAUCUAAAUUUAAAGCACAUUUCUCCAAGUCCUUUUAAGGAAAUAAAAGGUGAAUUUACAAAUGAAGCAUGCAUUGUUAUGCACAUUUCAAAGAAGGAGUUGAUUCCUGUUGGCCAGGGUUACCUUCCAAGAGAACUAGAGUACUUAGAGUCUGAGUGUUUUCCAGUAGAUGUUAGAUCAACUACAUGUAAAUAUAAUUUUGUUUAUAGGGCAGAUGAUUUUUUUCAGAACUUAAGAAUGGGCUGUAAGGUUUACAGCCCUAUUGCUAAUGGUUGUUUCACAUUAGGGGGUUUUGUCAUUGGGCCAAACAAAAAUAUAUUUUUUGUUGCAUGUGCACACUCCCUUUUAAUGGAAGAAACUGUUAAAGAAAUGGUAGAAUGUGGCAGAAGUGUUCACACAGCAGACAUUGAGAGUCACAAAGUAUGCUUUCAACCAGAACAUAAAUCUAAAUUUCAUUGUGGAACACUUACUAAAGCUGUAUUCAAAACUGGUACAGCCGAUGAGCCAGGUGUUGACUGUGCGCUUAUACAGUGCUGCUCUGAAAGGAAACCUGUAUGUGGAUACUUCCCAGAUUCGCCAGGUUUUUUCAACAUCCUUGACCUUAACAAGGUUAAUAAUAAAAAGCAGUAUUAUGACUCUCCUAGCGAAAAUAAAAAUGUUUUUAUAAGUGGUGAAUCAUUAGAUCAAAAUCAAAUUCCUGAAAAUCCUACAGUGUACAAAUUUGGUAUUAGAACUGGGUGGACUGAAGGUACAUUGGUCUCCACAUUUGAUAGUGAAUUAAACUUCAGUGGUUUUGCCUUGAGAGUGUGUAUGCUUGGACAAUUUGAAGUGCUAGGCAAAGAUAAUUGGCCCUUUGCUCUUGAAGGUGACUCUGGUGCCUGGGUAUUUAUUAGAGAUAGAGAUGGUAGCUUUAAAGUCAUAGGUAUGGUUAUUGGCUUUGAAGGCAAUGUAACCACUGUCACCCCUAUUUCUGCUGUAUUGGAUUCCUUAGGCCUUAAUAAAGAGUCAAUAAUGUCUUUACCUGGUAGUGAAUCUGUUGAUACAGACAGCUUUGAAGAUGAUGAUGAUGAUGAUGGUCCUCAGUCUCUUCGUAAUCUCUUCAAACUGCAUUACGAAGAUGAAAUAAGGAAAGUUAUACCAGAACCAGAUAUUGGUUUUGGAAUUACUGGGUUUAAUAUGCACUAGCUAAUAAUUUUUGUAAACAUGCAUUUCUGAAAAUUGUAAAAUGUAAUUUUUAUGAAGCAGACAGUCAAGCUAAUGGCCCAAAAUAAGUUACAUCAAUAUUUUGUAUUUUCUUUUACCUGUAAAUGGGUAAUACUGUUCAACCUUUCUCAGCUCACCUGAGCACAUAGUGCUUAUUGCCAACCUUAAAAAUCAUUGAAUGUCUGUUGUCAAAGAAGAUCAAAACCACAAAGCCAGUUACAAGUAAAUUUCACAGGAGUGUCCCUUGUAUGGUCCUCUUCAAAUUCCUUCAAAUCUAGGUCAUCCAUGCAAAAUUUUGAUUGCCAUGGCAACCAAAAGUAGAAUUUUAAACAAUUUUACCAAACCCCUGGCCCGAUUUCCAAAUAAAUUCACAACAAUGUUUUUUUGGGGGGACUCUACUAUAUUCCAUAAAGUGACCUGAAAAAAAUAUGGCUGCCUAGAGGCCUGGCUUCUUUUAUUUGUAUGGCUAUAUGGAAAUUUAAAAAAAAAAUCUUCUCUGGCCUGAUUUUAAAGUAAUUUCAAGCAAAUGUUUCUUGGGAAACCCUUUCCUUCAAGUCAUGUUGAUUUGUUGAAAAAAAAACAACAUGGCCACCAGGGGAUUGAGUUAGUUGUCUUCAUUAUGGCUAUAUGGAAAAUUGUGAAAAAUUGCUGCCUCUAUUUCAAAAUUAAUUUUACAGCAAUAAUUCUUUAGGUGACGCUACAACAAAUUCACUCAAGCUUUGUUUAUUUGUUUAAAAAAAGUCCACCAGUAGGCGGUUUUAGUUUUCUCUAUUUUUUUGGCUUUAUGGAAAUCUUUAAAAAUCUUCUCUGAAACUGCUAGCCCAAUUUUAAAAUAAUUUCACUAGUCUAAGAAUGAUCUUUAUUUCACCCUCUUUCAAAAUUUUUCAAGCCAGUAUCAUUUAAUACAUGUUCACUACUGUAACAGAAGUAUUCAGACAUAACACUUGUAUCUUUGUUUGUCAUUUACCAGUUUCGAUAAUAUUCUGAUUUCCAGUAUUCCUGCAUGCAGUAUUUACAAGUUAUAUAAAUGCCCACUAUUUUUAGCUUGAUUGUUCGAGGAAUAGUCUGACCAAUUGUACUUGCCCUACUGUCAACAUCACAUCUUAGUGAAUGUUUUGCAUGCAAGUAUGUAUGGCUGUCAUUUAAAAGUAUAUAGCUUUGAAACUUUUUUCUUUUUCUAGGUCAGUUACCAACCUCACUUUUAGACUUAGAAAAUCCAUGUUAAAUUUUUGUAAUGCAAAUAUUGAAUUGGAAUUUCACAUUUCUUUGGGUUUUUGAAACUAGGUCAUACCGUCAAGUCCCAUAACUCUGACUUGUAUUUUGCAAAAUAAUGUCCCCUUUUGAACUUAAAAACUUCUGGUUAAAGUUUUGCAUGUAAGUCUCCAAAACUAAUGCAGAUACUGGAUUGAAACUAUAGAUAUUUUAACAUUUAGGGUAAUAUUCCUGCUUCUGGGACAACAGUUUGAAUAGUCGAGCAUUUGCUACCUUAUGAACAGCUUGUUAUUAUAUUUUGUAUGUUUGCAAAUGAAUUUUAUUACUUUUAUAGAAAACGUAAAAAUGCCUAAAAUAAACUAUUAUAAAAUUGUCUUGUUGAAAAUAGAUUAAGUGUCUUGCAGGUUUUAUGAUUAUCUCGACAUGGUUUCAGUAACUAUUUACUUUGAGGCAGUGUUGGAAAAUGCAGAAUCAUGUAUUUUUGUGUCUAAUUUAGUUUAGCAGAGAAAUUGUAUCAGUUACUCUUUUGUAAAUAUAUUCUUCGUUCAUGUAUAUUUCAAGGUUAUCUUUUAAAUUCCAGAUAGUGACACAGCUUAUGUUGUUACCAGGGCUUUGGAAAUUGCCGAGUUUCUCAGUUUUAGAGCAAGUUUUCAUUUUUCGGUACAAAUUAUAAAAUGAAGUUAAAAAAUAUUGGUUUGAAACAUUAAAAGUAAAAAGUUGUCAGAAAUCACAGUACACGACAACCUGUCAGCAAGAAAUUCUUGAAUGUACUUUUUAGCUCACCUGAGCCAAAGGUUCAUGGUGAGCUUUUGUGACCGAUCAAUGUCCGUCGUCAGUCGUGCAUCUGUCAACAUUUUCUAAAAAAAAGUUCUUGAAAACCACUGGGCAGCAUUACACCAAACUUCACAGGAAUGAUCCUUGGGUGGUCCCCUUUCAAGAUUUUUCAAAGAAUUUAAUUCCAUGCAGAACUCAUGGCAACCAAAAGGAAAAACUUUAAAAAAAAAUUGUCCAAAACCGCAAGGCGUAGAGCCUUGAUAUUUGGCAUGUGACAUCAUCUUAUAGUCCUCUGUCAAGAUUGUUCAAAUUUUGCCCCUGGGGUGAAGAGGCCUGCCCCGGGAGUCACAAGUUUUACAUAGACUUAUAUAGCAAAACACAAGACCUAGGUCUUUGAUAUUUUGUAUGUAGCAUUGCCUUGUGGUCCUCUACCAAAAUUAUUCGAAUUAUGCCCCUAGGGUGAAAAGAGGCCUUGCCCCGUGGGGUCUCAUGUUUUACAUAGACUUAUGUAGGAAAAAAAAUUUAAAAAAUCUUCUUGCAUGAACCUGCAAGGCCUAGGCUUUUGAUAUUAAGUAUGUUGCCUUUCCUAGUGUUUCUCUACCAAAGUUGUUCAAAUUAUGUCCCUAGGGUGAAAUGGGAUCCUGCUCAGCGGGUACCAAAUUUAACAUAGACUUACAUAGGAAAAAAAUUUUAAAAAAAGAUCUUGUCAGAAAGUUCAAGGCCUAGUCAUUUGAUAUUUGGUAUGUAACAUUGCUUGGUGUAUCUCUAACAAAUUUGUUCAAAUUAUCCCCCUGGGGUGAAAAGAGGCCCCACUAUGGGGGUCACUUGCUAUAAUCAUGACUUAUAUAGGAAAAAAUACUUAAAAAAUGAUCAGCCCAGACUGUUUAAUUAUAAUUACCUGAUGACCAAAUCAUUUAGGGAGCGCUUGACUGUGACCUUGACCUACUGACCUACUUUCUUGUUUUUAGCUCACCUGUCACGUAGUGACAGGGUUAGCUUUUGUGAUCACCCUUCGUCCGUCGUCCACAGUUUCCUUAUGAACACGAUACAGACCACAUUUUGUAUUUGAUUUUAAUCAAACUUGCACUCAGCUUGUAUGGGCAUAAUAUCUCGGUUCCUUUCAAAAACAGGCCAGAUCACAUCAUGAGUUCCAGAGUUAUGGCCCCUUAAAGGGCCAAAAUUUGCUGUUUUUGGCUUGUAAACACAAUAGAGACAACAUUUUGCAAUCAACUUUAAUCAAACUUGCACACAACUUGUAUUGGCCUAAUAUCUCGGUUCCUUUUGAAAACUGGCCAAAUCCCAGCAUGGGCUCCAGAGUUAUUGCCCCUUAAAGGGCCAAAAUUUGCCAUUUUUGGCUUGUGAACACGACAGAGACCACAUUUUGCAAUCAACUUUAAUAAAACUUGCACACAACUUGCAUUGGCACAAUAUCUCAGUUCCUUUUUGAAAACUGGCCGGAUCCCAUCAUGGGUUUCAGAGUUAUGGCCAAAAUUUGCUAUUUUUUGCUUGUGAACACGAUAGACAGCAUUUUGCAAUCAACUUUAAUCAAACUUGCACACAACUUGUAUUGGCAUAAUAUCUCGGUUCCUUUUGAAAACUGGCCAGAUCCCAUCAUGGGUUCCAGAGUUAUGGUCCCUGAAAGGGCCAAAAUUUGCUGUUUUUUGGUUUGUGCAGUCAUAAAGAGACUUCAUUUAUGGUUUGAUUUGAUACAAACUUGAAAAAUAUCUUCAACAACAAUACAUUUUUGAUUCCAUGAUGAAUCUGUCAGAUCCAAACAUAGGUUCUGGAGUUAUUUUAUAUCUGGUUACUUCCCCUGAUUUUAAUCAAAAUGAAUUUGUAUCAGUAAGUACUUUUAGGACUCAUUUGAAAUUUCAUUAUUGUCAUUAGUUGGACUCAGACAGUCAGGGUAGAUAACUAUUGACUGAUUUUAUGUCAAAUUACCUCCCUUUAUUAACCAGGUUUUCAACGAAAACCUGAGUUAUUAGAUUGGGGUAGAUGUCGGUCGGGCGGGCGGGCGGCGGCGGUGGCGGCGGCGGCGGCGGCGUCAAACUGGUGUUUCCGGUCAAUAACUUUUGUUUCGGUAAAGAUAUUUGAAUAAAACUUGGUAUGUGUGUAGCUUAUAUCAAGACAAAGGCUGGGAUUGAUUUUGGGGUUUCUGGGGUCAAGGUCAAGGUCACUGUUACUAAAAAUAGAACAAGGGUUUCCGGUCAAUAACUUUUGUUUCGGUAAAGGUAUUUGAAUAAAACUUGGUAUGUAUGUAGCUUAUAUCAAGACAAAGGCUGGGAUUGAUUUUGGGGUUUCUGGGGUCAAGGUCAAGGUCACUGUUACUAAAAAUAGAAAAAGGGUUUCCGGUUAAUAACUUUUGUUUCGGUAAAGAUAUUUGAAUAAAACUUGGUAUGUAUGUAGCUUAUAUCAAGACAAAGGCUGGGAUUGAUUUUGGGGUUUCUGGGGUCAAGGUCAAGGUCACUGUUACUAAAAAUAGAAAAAGGGUUUCCGGUCAAUAACUUUUGUUUCGGUAAAGAUAUUUGAAUAAAACUUGGUAUGUAUGUAGCUUAUAUCAAGACAAAGGCUGGGAUUGAUUUUGGGGUUUCUGGGGUCAAGGUCACUGUUACUAAAAAUAGAAAAAGGGUUUCCAGUCAAUAACUUUUGUUUCGGUAAAGAUAUUUGAAUAAAACUUGGUAUGUAUGUAGCUUAUAUCAAGACAAAGGCUGGGAUUGAUUUUGGGGUUUCUGGGGUCAAGGUCACUGUUACUAAAAAUAGAAAAAGGGUUUCCGGUCAAUAACUUUUGUUUCGGUAAAGAUAUUUGAAUAAAACUUGGUAUGUAUGUAGCUUAUAUCAAGACAAAGGCUGGGAUUGAUUUUGGGGUUUAUGGGGUCAAGGUCAAGGUCACUGUUACUUAAAAUAGAAAAAGUGUUUCCGGUCAAUAACUUAACUUAGGAAUGAGCUAUCAUGAUGAAACUUGGUGUAUAGAAAACUUAUAUAAAGUUGUAGCUUGGGAUUGAUUUUGGGGUUUCUGGGAUCAAGGUCAAGGUCAUUGUUACUAAAAAUAGGGUUAGGGUUAGGUUAGGUUAGGGUUAGGGUUAGCAUAUCUUCUACAUGCAUGGAGGGAUUUUGAUGAAAGUUGGCACAAUUGUUCACCAUCAUAAGACGGAGUGUCAUGCACAAGAACCAGGUCCCUAGGUCUAAGGUCAAGGUCACACUUAGAGGUCAAAGGAUACAAGAAUGAAAACUUUGUCCGGAGCAUAUCUUCUUCAUGCAUAGAGGGACUUUGAUGUAACUUGGCACAAUUAUACACCAUCAUGAGACGAAGUGUCUUGCGCAGUUCCCUUCUUUAGAAUUACUUCCCUUUGUUGUUACUAUAAAUAGCUUAUAUUGUAACUUUUUCAUUACUAGACGUAGGGAAAAAUCGAGACCACUUUUCCGUAGUACAACAUGCAUGUUACAUCCAAUUUUGAGGUGUAUUUUGACCAAUCUCUACCUGGUAAGGAUUUCUGUGUGGACUUACAAUUUUUCUUUUUGUAUUUUUUUUUUUUUUUUUUUUUUUUUUUUUUUUUUUUUUUUUUUUUAAGAUUAACUUCCCUUAGUUGUUACUAUAAAUAACUUAUAUUGUAACUUUUUUAUAAUUGACCGUAGGGAAAAACCAAGACCACUUUUCUGUGGUACAACGUAGUUGUUACUUUCUAAUUUUAGGUGUAUUUUAAGGUAUCUCUACCUGGUAAGGAGUUUUUUUGUGGACUUAGAAAAACAAAAGAAUUACAAUAAUAAACAACCACAAAAUUAAAAUUACAUCUGCAAAUACAGGUGCUAGAGUAAAGAAAUUUGCUGUGACGGGCGUAUAUUGUGACAUUCUGGCACUCUUGUUUAUUCUUAUGAAAAGUGUUGAAAACCUGGUUUCGUGGCAUUGCCGCAUUUCUUGUUUCAAAUUAAAAUGGGUAUAUCUCCAAAACUAAUGAAGAUACUGAUCUGAAAUUUCAUUUAUGCCAUCAGAUGGACUUGGACAAUCAGUGAAGAUACAUAUUGACUGAUUUUAUGACAAAUUACCUCCCUUUAUCUUUUAUGUAUUACUAGAUAAAUAUACAUAGCAGCUUCUAAUGAGAUUGGUUUGAAACAUUAUUUAUGUCUUCUAUGGUAAGAAAUUUCUACUUUAACUUACUUUUCUAAUGUAUUGUUGUAAAGGCUUGUACUCUGUAUCUUCUACAUGCAUAUGCCAAUGCAUGAUUUCCUCGUCUAAUUUUAAUGAAAAUGGAUUUAUCUCAGUAAGUAUUUAUAGGACUUAUUUGAAAUUUCAUUAUUGUCAUUAGUUGGACGGAGACAAUCAGGGUAGAUAACUCAUGGCCCUCUUGUUUAAUAUAUAGCCUUGAAAUUUGGAUGACAUGUACAGUUUUGCACACCAAUCUUAAAACUGUCUUUCAGUGACCAUGAAUGUGACCUACUGACCUACUUUCUAAUAUUUUAGUCAGUUUUCCAUUUGAAACAUGUGGGUCAUAUUACUCGGGUGAGUGAUUCAGGGUCAUCAUGACCUUCUUGUUCAUUUUUAAUGCCUCUCACACUUAGUCUUUUCUUUAUAGCAUUGCAAAUGUAGUACUUUAUUGUGUAUAAAUAUUAUGGUGAGAUAGAGCCGAUUUGAAUGAAGUGAUUUUGUCUCAGACCAAUUGAGUUUUCAAAAUUUUCAAAGUCCUGGUUAUUAUGUAAUAUUUAUUUGUCUUGGACAUUGGUUUGCUUCCAUCAUUUUUCAAGCAGUGCAUCAUUUGUAAAAGGAUGCAGGUUUCAGCAAUCAGAUCAGAUGCAACAGUAACAACUUUAUACUCAUUAAGGAUUGAUUUUCACCCAAAUUCAAAAUGUAAUCUGGCUCUGAAGCUUAUGUAUUAACAGUAAGAAAAAUUUCUCUUAAUUAUGAGCUUAUUAUAAGAAUCAGACUUUAAUAAGAUAAAAACCUUUAAAACAGCUGAAAAUAGUACAAUGCAACUAGUCUAUUGCUGUCUGUCUUAAUUAUUUUUAGCUCACCUGAGCCAAAGGCUCAUGUUGAGCUUUUGUGACCGCUCAAUGUCCGUCGUGCGUCAUGUGUCCUUCUACAUUUUCUAAAAAAAUCUUCUUGAAAACCACUGGGCAGAAUUACACCAAACUUAACAGGAAUGAUCCUUGGGUGGUCCCCUUUCAAAAUUGUUCAAAGAAUUUAAUUCCAUGCAGAACUCUGGUUGCCAUGGCAACUGAAAGGAAAAACUUUAAAAAUUUGCGGCCUAGAGGCUUGAUAUUUGGCAUGUGACAUCAUCUUAUGGUCCUCUAUAAAGAUUUUUCAAAUUGUGCUCCUGGGGUUAAAAGAGGCCCAGCCCAGGGGGUCACAAGUUUAACAUAGACUUAUACAGUAAAAAACUUUGAAAAUCUUCUUGUCUAAAACCACAAGACCUAGGCCAUUGAUAUUUUGUAUGUAGCAUUGCCUAAAUUACCAAAAUUGUUCAAAUUAUGCCCCUUGGGUGAAAAGAGGCCCUGCCUCGGUGGAUCUUAGGUUUUACAUAGACUUACAUAGGAAAAAAACUUUAAAAAUCUUCUUGCCUGAAACUGCAAGGCCUAGGCUUUUGAUAUUAAGUAUGUUGCCUUUCCAAGUGUUUCUCUGCAAAAAUUGUUUAAAUUAUGUCCUUAGGGUGAAAAGAGGCCCUGCCCUGGGGGUACCAAGUUUAACAUAGACUUAUAUAGGAAAAAAAAUAAAGAUCUUGCCUAAAAGUUCAAGGCCUAGGCCUUUGAUAUUUGGUAUGUAGCAUUACCUGCUGGAUCUCAAACAAGUUUGUUCAAAUUAUGCCCCUUUGAUGAGGGGGGCCCCGCCCUUGGGGUCACUUGUUAUAGUUAUGGGUUAUACAGGAAAAAAUACUUUAAAAAUUGUCAGAUCAUAUUUCCUAGACUGUUUAAUUAUAAUUACCUGAUGAUCCCAAUUGAUUAGGGAUCACUUGACUGUGACCUUGACCUACUGACCUACUUUCUUGUUUUUAGCUCACCUGUCACAAAGUGACAAGGUGAGCUUUUGUGAUCGCGCAGCGUCUGUCAUCUGUGCGUGCGUCCGUGCGUAAACUUUUGCUUGUGACCACUCUAGAGGUCACAUUUUUCAUGGGGUCUUCAUGAAAAUUGGUCAGAAUGUUCACCUUGAUGAUAUCUAGGUCAAGUUCGAAACUGGGUCACGUGCGGUCAAAAACUAGGUCAGUAGGUCUAAAAAAAGAAAAACCUUGUGACCUCUCUAGAGGCCAUAUAUUUCACAAGAUCUUCAUGAAAAUUGGUCAGAAUGUUUACCUUGAUGAUAUCUAGGUCAGUAGGUCAAAUAAUAGAAAAACCUUGUGACCUCUCUAAAGGCCAAAUUUUUCAUGGGAUCUGUAUGAAAGUUGGUCUGAAUGUUCAUCUUGAUGAUAUCUAGGUCAAGUUCAAAAGUGGGUCACCUGCCUUAAAAAACUAGGUCAGUAAGUCAAAUAAUAGAAAAACCUUGUGACCACUCUAAAGGCCAUAUUUUUCAUGGAAUCUGUAUGAAAGUUGGUCUGAAUGUUCAUCUUGAUGAUAUCUAGGUCAAGUUUGAAACUGGGUCAUGUGCGGUCAAAAACUAGGUCAGUAGGUCUAAAAAUAGAAAAACCUUGUGACCUCUCUAGAGGCCAUACUUGUGAAUGGAUCUCCAUAAAAAUGGGUCAGAUUGUUCAUCUUGAUGAUAUCUAGGUCAAGUUCGAAAGUGGGUCACGUGCCGUCAAAAAGUAGGUCAGUAGGUGAAAUAAUGAAAAAACGUUGUGACCUCUCUAGAGGCCAUAUUUUUCAUGGGAUCUGUAUGAAAGUUGGUCUGAAUGUUUAUCUUGAUGAUAUAUAGGUCAAGUUUGAAACUGGGUCAACUGUAAUCAAGAACUAGGUCAGUAGGUCUUAAAAUAGAACAAGAGCUGUCUCCAUAGGAUGACACAUGCCCCCGAUGGCACUUUAAAUGAACAGUUAUGGCCGAUGUUAGAGUUUAGGACCUUUGACCUACGGAGCUGGGUCUUGCGUGCGACACGUCGUCUUACUGUGUCACACAUUCAUGCGUAGUUAUUUUAAAAUCCAUGCAUGAAUGACAAAGAUAUGGACCGGACACGCCCAUCAAUGCACUAUCAUGAAAAAUGACCUUUAACUUCUAAGUGUGACCUUGACCUUUGAGCUACGGACCUGGGUCUUGCGCGCGACACGUCGUCUUACUGUGGUACACAUUCAUGCCAAGUUAUUUGAAAAUCCAUCCAUCGAUGACAAAGAUAUGGACCGGACACGCCCAUCAAUGCACUAUCCCUUAAUGUCUAAGUGUGACCUUGACCUUUGAGCUACGGACCUGGGUCUUGCGCGCGACACGUCGUCUUACUGUGGUACACAUUCAUGCCAAGUUAUUUGAAAAUCCAUCCAUCGAUGACAAAGAUAUGGACCGGACACGCCCAUCAAUGCACUAUGCUUUGAUGUCUAAGUGUGACCUUGACCUUUGAGCUACGGACCUGGGUCUUGCGCGCGACACGUCGUCUUACUGUGGUACACAUUCACGCCAAGUUAUUUGAAAAUCCAUCCAUCGAUGACAAAGAUAUGAACCGGACACGAAAAAUGCGGACAGACCGACAGACAGACAGACGGUUCUAAAACUAUAUGCCUCCCUUCGGGGGCAUAAAAACCUUGUGACCUCUCUAGAGGCCAUACCCUUGAAUGGAUCUUCAUGAAAAUUGGUCAGAAUGUUCACCUUGAUGAUAUCUAGGUCAAGUUUGAAACUGGGUCACGUGCCGUCAAAAACUAGGUCAGUAGGUCAAAUAAUAAAAAAACCUUGUGACCUCUCUAGAGGCCAUACUUUUCAUGGGAUCUGUAUGAAAGUUGGUCUGAAUGUUCAUCUUGAUGAUAUCUAGGUCAAGUUUGAAACUGGGUCAACUGCGGUCAAAAACUAGAUCAGUAGGUCUAAAAUUAGAAAAAUCUUUUGACCUCUCUAGAGGCCAUAUUUUUCAAUGGAUCUUCAUGAAAAUUGGUCUGAAUGUUCACCUUGAUGUUAUCUAGGUCAGUUUCGAAACUGUUUCAUGUGCGGUCAAAAACUAGGCCAGUAGGUAUAAAAAUAGAAAAACCUUGUGACCUCUCUAGAGGCCAUAUUUUUCAUGAGAUCUUCAUGAAAAUUAGUGAGAAUGUUCACCUUAAUGAUAUCUAGGUAAAAUUCAAAACAGGGUCACAUACCUUCGAAAACUAGGUCAGUAGGUCAAAUAAUAGAAAAACCUUGUGACCACUCUAGAGGCCAUAUUAUAUCUUCAUGAAAAUUGGUCAGAAUUUUUAUCUUGAUAAAAUCUAGGUCAGGUUCAAAACUGGGUCACAUGAGCUCAAAAACUAGGUCACUAUGUCAAAUAAUAGAAAAAACUACGUCAUACUCAAAACUGGGUCAUGUGGGAACAGGUGAGCGAUUCAGGACCAUUAUGGUCCUCUUGUUUAAGAUACAGCCGUGAAAUUUGGAUGACAUGUAGAGCUUUGCACACCGACUUAAAACUGACUUUCAGUUACAUGACUGUGACCUACUGAGCUACAUUCUUAAUAUUUUAGCAUCAGCAUGCCAUUUGAAACAUGUGGCUCAUAUUACUCAGGUGAGCGAACCAGGGUCAUCAUGACCCUCUUGUUGUGAAAUGCAAGUUACUACAUUGUAAAUUUAAGCAAUAAUUACAUUAAUAUUACAUUAAAAACAGGAUUCUG